ACCAUGUCCAAGCACAUCACCUUCGUCACUGGCAACGCCAACAAGCUCAAGGAGGUCUCGGCCAUCCUCAGCGGCUCCGGCAACAUUGUGCUCUCCAACCGAGCCCUCGAUCUGGAUGAGUUGCAGGGAACCACCGAGUUCAUUGCCAAGGAAAAGUGCCGCCGUGCAGCCGCCAUCAUCCAAGGGCCCGUCAUCACCGAGGACACAUCGCUGUGCUUCAACGCCCUCAAGGGCUUGCCGGGCCCUUACAUCAAGUGGUUCCUGGAAAGCCUCGGCCAUGACGGGCUGAACAAGAUGCUGAUCGGCUUCGGAGACCGCUCGGCCUAUGCUCUGUGCACCUUUGCCUACAGCGAGGGCCCUGGCGCCGAGCCGAUUCUAUUCGAGGGCCGGACCGACGGCACGAUCGUCCCGGCUCAGGGUCCGGCCAACUUUGGCUGGGAUCCGAUCUUCAAGCCCGACGGUUUCGACCAGACCUACGCCGAGAUGGACAAGGACCUGAAGAACACCAUCUCGCAUCGGUUCAAGGCCCUGCAGAAGCUGAAGGGCCAUUUCCAGUAGCGCCCCCGGCGAUACCCACCGCUCGUCAGGACCACCGGCCAACAAUAAACCACACAAUGACCUGUACAAAAGCAGAGCCACCGGCCGUACAAGUUGUGGCUGCUCGACGGCGGUCGCUUUACUGCAUUCCCGACAUGGCAAAAGCUCGAUGGCGAUGUGCAGAAAUCGGGAGCCAAAAAGAUUCCGAGUUGCCUCCUGCGUGGAUCGAACACGCGACCUUCUGCUUACGAGGCAGACGCACUACCACUGUGCUAAGAAGGCUUGACGAAAUUCCCUCAAUGCCCUAUAUGACCGUAGUGAUCCCAUGGACCCACCUCCUUCCCACCAUCGCUCAACCG